CGAUCGGAAUAACCGAGAGAAAAGAGUCAAGAUACUUAAAUCGACCCAAGUCGAAAGAAGAAAUUAAGGAAGAUAUCCUAUGGAAAUCAAAUUAUAAGGCUUGCAAAGUAAAAAUUAAUGCGUGUCUGCUAAAGUUUGGUGUUGCUGGGAAUUUGAGGUUUUAUUGGAAAGUUGAAUAUCUCGGUAUAAAGUUUAUUUAUUGAGGUGCUCAAACCAUAUACAUUCUUUCUCAACAAAUCAAAACAUCCAUGGCAUCUCCAUCAUCUUCUCCCUCUGUUCCAGCCUUUUCUUCUCAACCAUGGAAAUACCAUGUUUUUCUUAGCUUUAGAGGAGAAGAUACUCGCAAGACUUUUGUGGAUCAUCUCUACUCAGCUCUUGAACAACAAGGGAUCUACACUUACAAGGAUGACGAAACACUUCCCCGGGGUGAAUCGAUAGGUCCAUCCCUUGUGAAGGCUAUAGAAGAAUCACAGAUUGCUGUCAUCAUAUUCUCUGAAAACUAUGCAGAUUCAUCAUGGUGCUUAGAUGAACUUUUAUGUAUUAUGAAAUGCAAGGAUACUAAAGGUCAAGUCGUUAUGCCUAUAUUUUAUGACGUGGAUCCCUCUGAUGUGCGAAAACAAAAACGAAAAUAUGGAGAAGCAUUUUCAAAACAUGAGUUGGAGAACAAAAACAAAGUUAAAUCUUGGACACAAACAUUUGUGGAUAACCCUUGGGGAUGGCUCUUUGCACCACGAGAACAAAAACAGAAACACAGAGAAUCAUGUUCCAAACAGGAGUUGGAGAACAAGAGGAAAGUUGAAUCUUGGAGAAAAGCACUUGUGGAUGCAAGUAACAUUUCUGGAUGGGAACCCAAACACAUUGCUAAUGGGCAUGAAGCGAAGGUUAUCAACGAAAUUGUUGACACAAUUUCACAGAGGUUGCAGCUAGUAACUGCAAGUGCAAAUGAGAACCUGAUCGGACUAGCAAUUCGCAUGCAACAUUUUAAAUCAGAUUUACAAAUUGGGUCGGGAGGUGUGCGUAUGAUUGGAAUAUGGGGGGUUGGGGGUGGUGGUAAGACUACUCUUGCAUCUUCUAUUUAUGAUGAAAUUUCUAGCAAGUUUGAUGGUUGCUGUUUUGUAAAAAAUAUCCGGGAUGAAUCAAGCAAGAAUGGUUUGGAAAAACUGCAAGAAAUAAUCCUUUCUAGUGUAUUGAAGAAAAAACAAGCGAAUGUAAUAUGGAGAGUUGAGGAAGGAAGACAGGUGAUAAUGGAUAGGUUAUGCCAUAGAAAGGUCUUGAUUGUUCUUGAUGAUGUCGAUCAGCUUGACCAACUAAAAGCAUUAGCUGGAUCACAUAAUUGGUUCGGUGAAGGAAGCCGAAUAAUAAUCACAACCCGAGAUGUGCAUUUAUUAAAUGCACACAGAGUAAAUGUGAUGCACAAUAUUAGGUUAUUAAACAAUGAUGAGGCUAUUAAGCUCUUGCGCAAACAUGCAAGCCUGGACUAUAGACCCAUGGAAGCUAUUGAAGAUUAUGAGCAGCUUUCAAAAGAGGUGGUGUCUUAUGCUGGUGGGCUUCCAUUAGCACUUACAGUUCUUGGUUCUUUUCUGUGUGACAAAAACAUUAAUGAGUGGAGGAGUGCAUUAGCCAGACUGAAAGAGAUCCCAAAUGAUAAUAUCCUUGAAACGCUAAAAAUCAGCUUUGAUGGACUUACAAGGGCUGACAAACACUUGUUCCUAGACAUCGCAUGCUUUUUUAGGUCGGUGAAGAAAGAUACAGCAAUGGAGAUGCUCGAUGCUUGUGGUUUUCAUUCUGUUAUAGGAGUGAAGACUUUGGAGGAAGGAAGAUCUUCUAAAAAUAUGUGCUAUGGAUGCACAAUGGAACUUGACAAGGUUGAAGCAAUAAAAGUUGAGAGUGAUAGAUUGCUAGAAGGACAAGUUCUUCCUCCAAUUGCUGCUAACAUGAAGAACCUUCGGUAUUUGUUCUGGAUAGGUGAUCCUGCAAAUCUAUUGCUUAAUAACUUCCCACCAAGGGAGCUUUGUUGUCUAAUAUUGGUUGGUGGCUUGCAAAAACAACUUUGGGAGGGCUGUAAGUAUCUACCAGCUUUGAGAAUCAUAGAACUUUAUUGUUUGGACCACUUAAUCAUAACACCAGAUUUUGAUGGACUGCCAAAUCUUGAAAAAUUGACGCUUGAAAGCUGCAUGCAUUUAGAAGAGAUUAAUCCAUCAAUUGGGCGCUUGGAAAGCCUUGUUUUACUAUCUAUUGAACGUUGUGAAAGUUUUAAGAUAUUUCCACCCAUCACCCGGCUAAAGAAUCUCAAGACCCUUAUUUUCACACAGUGCUACAAACUUUUUAAACCCUCAGAGAUCCAACAACAAAACAUGGAAAAUUUACCACAUUUUCAUUUGGAUAAAGAAUUCUGUUUAGAGGAGCCUUGUUUACCUCACAACAACAUGAACCACCACAUAGGGUCUCUGCUUUUUCACAACCUGCAAGAAGUCGGCUUCUUAAGAAAGUUGGAUCUCAGCCAGUGCAAUUUGGAAGAUGAAGACAUAGGUUCUACUGUUUGGACCAAACUUUGUGGUGACAUAUUACUAGGCUCCAUGCUCCAGGGAAAUGCUAUUGAAGAUCACUUUAUCAGUGUCCAUCUUCCGCAUAAGAUUUCAAAGGGGUUUGUAAGUAGACUCUUUGGGUGUAACACAUGUGCAGUGCAUCUUCUACAUGAUAGGGGGAGCACAUUUACGCUGUGUCUUCCACAUGAUUGGUACAAUGAUUUUUGUGGGUUCUUAAUGUGUGUUGUUACCCGCUAUGGACUUAAGAAGAUUAAUAUAAUCAUCAAACCAGAGCGAGAUGAUCAAGAUCCUCCAUUUGAGGUCUCGCAGGAAUCUAACGGAGGAGCACUGGAGCAUGACACAUCAUUCAUAGGAUAUGUUUCCUUUAGUUCAUUAAAGCGAACUACUUUGCUGAAUCCAUCGUACAGUAUCCUUUCAUUUUCCACAACCACCAAGUAUUUGAGUUCAUUUGCAGCUAAGCUCAUUCCUGGGAAAAGUAAACUUGACUCCAUGGAAACAACAAAAAUCGCAAUAGAUUGCUCUGAAUUUUGGGAUGAGGAAGAAGAUCAUAGUCCGACAUUUACGAUUAAACAAGAUUCAGAGUCUUGUAUCAGUAUCUUAUGGCGACCUUAGGACAACAUCUAACAAACCCAUACUCAUAUCUCUCAUUAUUUUCCGGUUCGUAGUUCGUGUUCUGAAUGUUUUCUUUUGCAUUAUUAUUGUUAAAUGAUUAGUUGUAACACUUACCAUUAUCAAUCUCGCUAAAG